AUGGACUUCUCCUCCCUUACCCCUGCCUCCAGCGGCCAGGUGGACAUCCUUGAGCUCCUUUGGCCGCCUGCGGCUGAUGCUGACGCACAGAGGGUAUGUGUGGCCUACGUGCUGAUGUUGCGUGCAGACGGCUUCUUGCUGACCGUCCCCGGGUCCUUCUUUACCCCGGCCGAGCUUGCUGCCGAUGGGGAAGAGGGUUUGCCUCGCCCUGGUCCUUCGCUUCAGCUGGAGGCCCCUGCUGUAGCCCUGUCAGAGGAGGGAGAUUGGAUUGUGGCCCCCUCGGCCGAACCCCUUUCGGUGACUGUCGUGGACUUCCCCGCCUCCUUGGCGGCUCAGCUCUCGCCCGUCGAGCUCGACACAUUCCUCGGAACCUUUUUCAACGAGACCGACACUGGUCUUUACCCUCUGGCUUCCGACGUGCUCCGUCAGGCCCGGGCUUGGAUUUUGGCCGAGGGAGCCGGAGUAUCCUCAGGUUACCAAACGGCCGCGUCCGAACCCCCUGCUGCAGCAGCCGAGGCCCGCCGGCUGAGGGCGAAGCGACCCACUGUUUCCCUGUUGGCCCAACAGCAGGCAGCCUUGACAGAAGUUGUGGCCCGGCUCAGCGAUCAGUUAGCGCAAAUGCAAAAGGCUUCUCAGCCCGCGUCCCCUACCCAGGUGAGCCCGCUACAGCAGCCAGUUCCGUCAGGAGCCGAGGUUCGCCAGGCACCGCUCUCUGCGCAGCUCGGCGCCACAGGAAAGCCAACAGGAGCUGCGCGUGAGGCUGGAGGCCUCGCGCUGCCACCUUUCCAGUCAGUGCCCAAGAGCCUGGCCCAUACCUUGGGGCCUCCGCCGCCUGCGCGCGGCCUCACAGCUUCCCUGCGACCUCCCGAGGUGGAUCAAGAUGCUCGGCUGGCGGCCGCCAUUACUUCAGGAGAGUUGCCCGCCGCGCCGCCGCAGCCAGACCUGACUUCGGCCAUGAUGGCUCAGAGCCAAGCCCUUCUGACACUGGUGGGCCACCUCGCCCAGGGCGGGGACCCGGUCUUGGACUCACAGGUGUCGAUCGCUUUCGACUUGUUGAUGGCUGGAAACAGCACCGGCGCGGCGGACGUGUUGGCCCUUUUGGCCGUGUACUUGGACCAACUUCACGACCCGCCUCAGGCCAUCUACUCGGAUCCUGUGUCGACCCCGGGAGCCGGAGUGCAGCCGUUCUCCCCGCUAGCAGAUCAGAAGUGGGUCACUUCGGCCCUGGGCUGCCUUCGCGAGAUGGACUUGAUCGCUUCGCGGCGGGCCGAGGCAAAACCAAAGCCAAAGCGGCCACCAGGCCUCCCCGCACCACCGACGGGCCAGGGCACACCUCAGGAGGAGGUGGCUCUCACCAAGAAGCAGCAGCGGGCAGCACAAUGGGCCGCGAAACGCGCAGCCGCGGGCGCGACACCGCCUCCGGCGAACGACGCUGUUUCCGCUCCCACCGCCCUCUUUCCCAUUCCCUCGCCCAGUGCUGCGCCUGUGGGGAGGAGUACCCGCCAGCGAGGGGGCACACGCCAAGCCGGAAGGCACAUGUCCCGGGCCCUUCAUGUGAUCAUCAUGGCCCUUAAUUUUGUGCACUCGGGUUUUAGGCCUGUGCCACUGAGCGCAUUGCGGAGGCCGCCGAACCUGCAUCACAUUUCGGUGUUCAGGCGGGUCAGCGGCUAUUUGCGGGCGUGUUGCCGCCGUGGGAUCUCGAUCCCAUACUGCGCCGGCAGAAGGGGGAGCCACCUAGCCGCACGCCUAGGUGAGCUCUCCGACUUCCUUCUUGCGUGCGGGGUGGGGCUUGACAGCUAUGAUGUGCCUGCUCCGGCGGCCUUUGCGGACAAGCCUCUUGUUCCUCAUGCCCCCGGCGGGCCUGACUGUUUGCGCCCCUACCGGCCCUUAGAGGCCGACACGAUCGUGCUGCACGGUGAAGCCGACUGGGACAUCAGUCCCUUCCUGUCUCCUGGCAUGCUCCUUGCUUUCCGGGACCCGCUGGUGCUCGAAACUUUUCCCGGGUCGUGUGGGCCGGCCCCCUCCUUCAAGCAUGAAAACCCGGAGGAGGUCUUUAAGCUUAUGAAGGUAUGGGAUGCAAAGGGGCUUUUGACACUGCGACCGGGCAUCAUCCCGGACAUCAGGUGCUCCCGAGUCUUCGGCUCUUUCCAGAGCCCGGGAAAGUUUCGGCAAAUUGGUGAUCGCCGCGGACAAAACGGCCUGGAGGCUCGCCUUGACGGCGUGUCACACCUCUUGCCCCAAGGCUUCCUGCUGACCAAGUUGCAUCCUGGAGCGCUCCUUCACGAAUGCCACGAAACCAUGCUUUGCGCUGUCGGAGUUUGCCGGCACUAG